AUUCAAACGUAUAAUAUGAUUCUGAUGCUACCGUUAUCUUAGCAUUAAAACACUGUUUUAAACAAACAGCAGCUGCUUAUUUGUCUUUGAUAUUAUUCAACAUGGACUGCAACAAUCUGACGGGUUGGGUUUUAUUAUUAACGUCGUUAAAUGUCUCCUAUCCGCCAACAACAGAGCUCUAACUAAAGCUGCUAAAGACAAUAGAGUAGUGAGAAUGAAAUGGUAAACGAGUGUCAGCAGGCUGAAACAACGACAUGACAGCUGGGAGGUUUUAUCAAAGCGAUCAUGAACCAGCGGAACAGCUAAGGCUGCAUAGCAUCAUGCUAACGCUUCAGCUGCUCCACCAGAAGGGAUGUGAAGCUCCCUGCUGCUACAUUUCACUGUUUAAAGAAGAGAAAAGGUCUGAAGUCAGAAAAAUGAAACUCCAACCCUGCUUUUGCUUUCAUUUGCUUUCAAAAACCAUGGGUUUCCAGCUCUGUGGAGGACAAGAAGAGAAGUGGAUGAAUCUAGUCUCACAUUCUCUCUCUGGUUUCUGUUUCCUCUCUGACCGUCACCACACACAGCAGAGGGAGGAGGUCCAAACUGUGGAGUUCUGCUCUCCAGAUGAUGCCUCACAUGGUUCUGUGCAAGUACGUUCCGCUGGUUCUAGUGGGAGUUGUGGUUUUGGCAGCCAGCGGGAUCAUAGGAGACCCUCUCUAUGAGUGUCUCCAGGACGCUGACUACAGAGAGCUCCUGGACAUUGUCACGGAUGGACUCCCAGCUGCCAGGAUGCCUCAGCAUGUGGCAGUCAUCGGCGGGGGCAUGGCUGGACUGACUGCUGCCAAGGUCUUAGAAGAUGCAGGACAUAAGGUGACCAUAAUAGAAGCUAGUGAGCGAAUCGGAGGACGGGUGGAAACCUUCAGGAACAGAAGAGAAGGCUGGUACGCAGAGAUGGGAGCCAUGAGGAUCCCAAGCUUCCAUAAGAUUCUACUUUCCUUUAUCUCCAAAUUGAAAAUCCCACUGAAUUCCUUCAUCCAAGAUGACAUCAACACCUACUACUUGGUAAACGGAGGCCUACACAAAACCUACACCGUAGAAAACAAUCCCAGCGUGCUCAACUACAGUUUGCAUGACAGAGAGAAUGGAAAGUCAGCUGCUGAACUCUUCAGUCAGACACUCUGGAAGGUGAGGGAUGACCUAAAGACAUUGGGCUGCAGUGGAAUGCUGAAGAAAUAUGACUCCUACACAGUGAAGGAAUAUUUGGUGAAGGAGGGCAACCUGAGCCGCGGCGCUUUGAGAAUGAUUGGCGACAUCCUCAAUGAAAACAGCCUCUUCUACACGUCCUUGAUAGAGAUGCUCUACAUACAGACCGACAUCAAUGACAACACACAGUACUUUGAAGUGACAGAUGGUUUUGACCAACUCCCCACAGCUUUCUAUCAAGUUUUAAAUGCCACAAUCCUGCUGAACUCCAAAGUGAAGCUUAUUGACCAAACAGAUGGGGCUAAUGUGACUGUAACGUAUGAAGACUGGCGGAACUCAGGUUCCCUGUCAAAAGUGACAGUGGACUAUGCCCUUGUUACGGCCACAGCCAAGGCCACCCUCUUCAUUGACUUCUACCCUCCUCUGUCUGGUAACAAGAUGGAGGCCCUGCGCUCUGUUCAUUAUGCCAGCUCCACAAAGGUAGUGCUCAGUUUCAAGGAACGCUUUUGGGAGAAAGAAGGCAUCAGAGGAGGGAAAAGCAUCACCGACCGACCAUCUCGCUUCAUCUACUACCCCAGCCAUGGGUUCCCAGGUACCACUGCAGGGGCCCUCCUGGCUUCCUACACCUGCUCCGAUGACUCCACCCUUUUUCAAGGCAUGAAUGAGGAGGAUCUGAUGGCAGUAGCUCUGGAGGACUUGGUGAAAAUCCAUGGGGAGUAUAUCCGACCGCUCUGCACGGGGGGUCUGGUGAAGAAGUGGGGCCUGGACCCUUACAGCUUUGGAGCCUUUGCCCUGUUUAUGCCGUACCAGCAGGGACACUACGCACGAGAACUGUUCCAGAGUGAGGGACGGGUGCACUUCGCCGGGGAACACACAGCAACUCCUCACGGUUGGAUCGAAACUGCCAUGAAGUCUGCUCUCAGAGCAGCUAAGAAUAUCAACAGCUUGACUCUGUAGCUUCAUGUCUGUUUUUUUCUCUAAAAAAAGCUCUAAAUAGUUCAACUUUUUAGAAUUUUUUCAAUAUCAUGAACCCUGGUCCAAUCUCCGUCUGAUAUCUUUUAUUGUGAUGUGGAGAUGUUGCUAGGUCUCAGUAUAGUUUUAGGUUUAUUUCAUUGAAGGCAAAUGUUUUAUUAAGUCAUUCAAACUUCAAACUCAGUGGUGAUUCUUGCAUGAAUUGUCUUUUUCUUGCUUUUCCACACUUUUUCUCUUCUUCAUGGCUGCUUCCAUGAUACAAACAUCUACGGAAACCAUCUCAAUAAACAGGGUGCCAACUACAGAGCUACCGAGUGCACAUGAAUACAUUCAAUAAAAACUUGCUCUUGGAGCAACUGACAGAUGA